AUGAUAAAUCAACACAUAUUGCCAUUACUUUUAGUGGCUUCACUAGUUUUUGGCAAUUAUUGUCGCGAAGGUAUCACCGGUGAUGAUUGUAAUGAUGUAGAUUCGAUCAUUCAAGGAAUUUUCAACAAUAUCUCCAAAUAUGACCGUCCUAAGCUAAGGCGUGUACUUCCUAACAACACUACUUCCGAUACUCUAUUUGUAGAGGUGAACAUGUUCAUUAGCACAUUCAGCACCAUUAGUAUGGUGAACAUGGAUUACAGUUUAGACUUCCUUCUUAGACAGCGUUGGUAUGAUCCACGCUUGGAUGUUUCUAGCCGGUACAGCUAUGCUGACGUACCCAUCCACCUCCAUAUGGAUAAAAUCUGGCUACCAGACCUAUUCUUUCGCAAUUCCAAAUCCUCCGAACUAAAUAUCCAAACAACACCAAACACAUUGGCAUGGAUUUCGUCAAACGGAAUGAUUACUUACUCACAGAAACUUUCUGUACGUCUAUUCUGCCCAAUGGAGCUUUGGGAUUUUCCAAUUGAUACUCAGAUUUGCAAAGUGGACAUUGGGAGCUAUGGCUAUCCAACAAAAGAUCUGGAAUUUCGAUGGUGGAAUGAUGAGGGGUAUGAUCGAAAUGGAAUUAAACGCAGUGGAGAUAUUUUGAAUUCAGCAGUUCAAUUCAGCAACAAUCUUCAAAUGAAUGAAUUCGACAUAGAUAGCUACAAUUGCUCAUACUGUGAUAAGAACUUCAAAAACACUGGAAGCUUCACAUGUUUGAAUAUUGAUUUUAAACUAAGUCGAAAGUUUGGAUUUUAUCUCCUCUAUGCAUAUCUGCCGUCCCUCCUUGUUGUGAUGAUUGCUUGGAUGUCAUUCAUGAUUGACUCUGAAGCUACGGCGGCUCGCACUUCACUAGGGCUUCUCACAGUUCUAUCACUCAUGACUCAAAGUGCUGCAGUUCUUUCACAACUUCCAAGAGUGUCCUAUAUCAAGGCAAUUGAUACAUGGUUCUUUAUUUGCUUCACAUUUGUUGUUGGCACUUUGCUUGAAUUCGCUUUCGUCAAUACAGCAGCUAGAAGAGAAGCGAAACAGCAAAGAAAGAUGACUGAGUUGUCGACCGAACAGGUAGGGGGUAGUGAAACUGCAAAUGGACCAUGUGAUCAAGGAAUUGGAACGGGGCAGAUAUGCACAGGAGCAGCCGAAAGGCCAAAGCUCUACCCCAUCCGGGCGAAAAGCUUAGAUAGAAUAUUUGUGAAUAUUUAUCCCCUCUUAUUUCUGAUUUUCAACGUCAUCUACUGGUGUAUUUACUUAAUGGCAUGGCAUAAGACAGAUUCGCGUUAA